AGGAGCUCAGGUAUGUUUAUUGACCGCUCGUCGAGAGGAAAACUUUUUUGCUUCGAAUGCUGCUCAUAUUCGAAAGCUAAGUCAUACCUUACCGAAGACUGUCAUCUACUUCCACAACCUAAACGCCUGCUCAAGCAGCACAUUGAUCUACUUCUACAAGACGCACAAAACAAGAAGAUACCAUGUCUACUACUAGUUCCUCUGUCGUCGUGUCUUCUGCCUGGGCCAAGGCCUUCAGCUGCACUCCAGCUACUAGUGCGGGAAGUACAUCCCCAGAUACGCAAAGCCUAACUACCUCCGCCGGUGAUAGUACAGAAACACUCGCCAACAAAAAGAACUACAGUACUUCUUGCGUCGUAAUUGCCGAGUACAUUUGGCUCGACGCUUUCGGACAAACUAGGUCUAAAACCCGGACGCUCGCAAGCAAGCCGGCGAAACCCGGCGACGUCCCGAAAUGGAACUUUGAUGGCAGCUCCACCGGCCAAGCGCCGGGGGAAAACUCGGAGAUUUUUUUGAUACCUUGCGCUUUGUUCAAGGACCCGUUUCGCAGCGGUCGUGCACACAAUCAAGCGGCGGUUGAGAUGAGCACGAUUAUGGUGCUCUGUGAGUGUGUCGACCCGGAAAACGAAGAGCAGCCUGCAAUCGGGAACGACAGAAAAGAAUGUAAGGAGAUCAUGGAGCGAUACAAGGAUCUCAAGCCCUGGUUCGGCAUGGAACAGGAGUACACGCUGAUGCGAGUUCCUGCAGAACAAUACAACGGAGCGCCCUCCACCAUCCCCCUCGGCUUCAAUCUGGAUGGUUCCGAGCCCGCGCCCCAAGGCCCCUAUUACUGCGGCCAGGGGGCCGGCAUCGCGAUUGGCAGACACAUCGCGGAGGUGCAUUUCGCCUACUGCUUGGCCGCCGGGGUGAAGGUCGCGGGACUUAACGCCGAGGUGAUGCCUGGGCAGUGGGAAUUCCAGGUCGGGGUUUGUGAGGGGAUUGAAAUGGCGGACCAUUUGGUUGUUGCGAGGUACAUAUUGAACCGCGUCGCCGAGGAGUUCAACGUGCAAGUGUCCUAUUCCCCGAAACCGGUGGAAAGCGGGGAUUGGAAUGGCGCUGGGUGUCACACGAACUUUUCGAUUGAGGAAAUGCGAACAGCUGGCGGAUACGAUGUGAUUGUCGAAGUCUGCGAGGCUUUUGGAAAAACAGAAGAGAAAAUCAAGGAACACAUCAGCGACUACGGGGACGUAGAUGAAAACAAAAAGCGGUUAACCGGGGCGCACGAAACCUGUUCCAUUACCGAGUUCAAGUACGGUGUCGCCGACAGAGGCGCGUCGAUCCGCAUCCCCCGGGAGGCGGCUUUGGAGGGGAAAGGCUACCUGGAAGACCGAAGGCCCUCCGCGAACUGCGAUCCGUACAGGGUGACCAAGCGGAUGAUGAAAACGACGGGGGAGUGUGUAAUGGCGAGGAGGCGGGUGAAAAGCAAAAGCGCGCUUGGUCGAUGUGAGAAGAUUCAUUCUGUUGCUCCUCGUGAAGAUGAUGAUGAGGCUUCCACGAGCACGACUGGUUCGAGCGGUUGUGGAGGUGAACAUCCAGCGGCAGACAGCACUUCGAUCGAGGCAUGAGCUGGGGCUUUCCAGGGCGCAGCCGCUGCGAUGGCUUGUUAACGAAGUUGUUUCUGACAGUCUUUCUGUAUGAUGCUAUUAUGUGUUCUAGUACGAGAUUCAUAAGAUAGGGAACAUGAAAACAUCUGUUUCGCUUUUGCUCAUCUUUCGUCCCAUACCCAUUGUACGACAUUUAUUCCGUAUAGUACCAUUUUCAUCUUGCACGGACAGCAUCUGGCCCUACAGAAUUCCGGGUCUUUGGAUGCUAGUACUGGUACUGCCGAGGUUUUGUUUCGAGACCGGUCCAAAAAACAAAAAGCAUCUGUGACCUGCACGAGGAUUGCCACACUUGUUUGCCGUGCAGCUCCUUCACGAGGAUUACUCAAUGAAGAAUAACUUUUCGCCAAUUCUUUGCGCUAAGUUCUUUAUAACAAAACUCGAAAAACAU